AUGAAUCUUUUCGAAGUCAUCCUUCUUCGUGGCAAUCACAAUGACUGGAAUAUCUUUCGCAUAUUCGGCUAUGAUUCGAAAAAGUUCCUGAGUCGCUUCUUGCACUGGGCGCUGAUUGUUGACUUCGAGACAAAACCUGAUGCUGUAUUAGAGCUCGCAACAACGGGAGGCGAAGGCAUGGAAAUAUUACCAGAUAGCAUGAAGACGCUUGUUAAUCUCAGUAUUCCUCUGUUUUUUUCUCAAAAACUCCCUCACAGCUUGGAGCUCAGCGGUAGCAGCGGCUUCAAAGCCCCUAGAAUCGUGUAUGACGAGAUCCGGCCUUCCAGGCCAAGUGAGUUCAUCCUGGACAUUAUGCUCACCUCGAACGUCAUUAGAGCUUUUGGUCACCUCUUCACUAUCAGGCACGCCAAAGACCUUAUUGAUCAGUGA